CACCACUAGUUAAGUGGUAUACAAAUGACAAUUGGAAAAUGAACGCACGCACGACGUUCUUCCUUCUUCACGCACUUUUCCACCUUCACAGCAUUCGUUCAACCCCGUCGUUGUCUCCAUUUCACAUUGCCAUCGACAACAUCAACACUACACUACUAUAACAUGGCCAUAGAGGAUGUCAAGUUCCACCAGUCAACUCUCUCCUGAACAUCACAUCCAGAUUGUGCGACAGCUUUAUUUAGAUGCCACCCUCAUUGAACAAACUAUCCAGCAGCAUGUAGAGGCCAACAAGGUCGGAUAUCGAUCCAGCAACUCUUCGCAUCCCUCUUCGCUCGCCAGUGAGCGACGCUUGAACCUGUCCGAUACUUCUUCAACCUCUUCAAGUCAUCGCAGGCAAGCAUCAGCUUCUCCUCAGAACCAAAGACGCGGCGGUCGACAGCAGCAGCCACCACAGCAGGAAGAGCAGGGCUUCCAAGUGCCUCCUUCAUCCCAUUUUCGUUCCAGCCAUGAAGAAUUGACCUUCCUAAGAGACAGGUAUACCUUCAAGGAUAUGCUGGGAACAAUGGAUGUCUCUUACGUACGCAUGCCUUCUCUAACUCGGAAUGUCUUAUCUCCAUCAAUUCAUUUGAAAUCAAUGCUACUGCACGCUAGUCUCAAGGACGUCUACGAGGUUGUGUUGCUCGAAGAUUUGGUUACCGCAGUCGAAAAAUCGGUUGAUGAGCGCCUCUGGAGGCACGUAUUCUAUACACCCAUCGAGGAACUGCGGGCUGAGCUGAGAAAGCUCGAUAAGAGCAGUAGUCGUCGCCAGGAGAUCAUGGACGAGCUCAGCAAAUUGUUGGACAAAGGGACAGGGUUCUAUCAUGAAAUGAUCACGGCCUUGCGUUGUGAACAUGAUCUCGACCUGAGCACCGUUGCAGUAGAGGUACUCCAGUCUGAGGCAGGGGCCACUAAGAGCAAAUUGAUGACAGCCAGUGAAAUUAAGCCCUCACAGAGUCGCAGCAAGAGUGGUCGCAGUCGCCAGCAGUCGAGAACAAAAGAAGAGCCGCCCGGACCGAUCUACUCGACCGAGGCGAUUGCGAGCUGCAUCCAAAAAUGUUUCAUUUAUCUGGGAGACUUGGCACGAUACAGAACCAACAUCCGUCUGGAGACUCAGGCCACGCUGGCAACUGCGCAUCACUCUGGAACAAACCAAAACGCGCCGCCCAUUAAACCCUCUGCAUCGGAUUGGCAGGCCGCGCACAGGUUCUAUAAGCGGGCGAUCCAAACAUUCCCGGACAGUGGGAAACCGUAUGGUCAGCUGGCGAUCCUUGCUUCGUAUGCCAACGAUGACCUGGAUGCGCUGUAUUGGUACACUCUCAGCUUGGGAACAAAAUACCCAUCGAUCGUAGUGCGAGACAAUCUAAAGGUAUUUUUCUCUCGAUACCAGAAUCGAGUCAAGGACUUGCUAUCCUCCAUAUGUCUGGCCGUUGACAAUCCGACCGACGCCAUGAGCACGGAUGAGGACACGGGUAGUCCCCGGGUAGCCAACCGUACUUCAGCGCAGCAGUUGGCCAUGACAAGAUGUGACCUAAAUGUAUUGUUUAUCAAAAUUCAGAUGGACCUCUUUGCACCUCACCUCGACAGUAUCACUUUCAGCAACUCGACUCUCAUGGGUGUUUUCAAUCAAAAGCUACAGUCCAGACUGAACAAGGAAGGAUCUGAGGAAAGCAUUCUGAAGAUGAUCGUUUCGAUGAUCUUUGUUGUGUAUGAUCUUCAUGCGCGAACGAAUCUGUCAUCAUUUGCGACCGAGUCAACGACAAAGGAGGGCGCAAUGGGGUUGAAGCAGGCACAGCGAGCUGGACUCGUCUAUUUAUUAGGGAUGGUUACUGUCGUGUUGAAUCGCCAGUUGUCUAUAGUGAGUCGCGAGGGGCCAAUGCGCUCUCCCUUGAAUCAGGAUCUGCUCUUGCCCAUCCAUCUUUUGAUCGAAUUCUGGAUAUCUCACUGGGACCAAGUAUGGGGGAUGAUCCGUCUGGAAGAGAAAUGGGCAGGCAUAUCCAGUCGCUCCGACCUCUCGCUCAAAACGACCACGGUGGCGUUUUUCCGAUCCCUUGUCAGCCUGAUCAAUAUUGCCCACUCUCAGGACCAAAGACGCCCCAGCUCGGACGAUAUUUCGCAACAGGCACUCAGUCUUUUACAGCAGGACCGCGACCAUCACUAUGGACUCAUGCCCUUCCGUCGAUUCCAUUGUCAGCUAUCGGUGCAAUUUGAUGUUGUCGAGAACCCGGAGGAGACGAGGUUGUAUCGACUACUGUUCUUCGCCGACAAGGUCAUCCAAGCGAGCGAAGGCAUCCGCGGAACAGUUGUUGAGUUGACUUUAGAGCCACUGUCUGAUGAGGAUGGGACAGGAGCCACUCAGUACAGGCUGCUGGAUGCUGAGUAUAAGCGUUUGCUUCGCGAACGGGGAUCAAAGGCUCUGGCGUCCCAUUGGCUUCAGGAUCAGGUGUCCUCGCUACAAAAGGGCCUGGAGAGCACGGAGCGUAAGAGUGCGCACUCCAGUCGUCAGGACGGACAGCAAGUCAAGAGGGAAAACUCGCGGAGCAGAGCACUCAUUCCUAUAUCGGCCCUUCCUGGAACAGUGAAGCUUCCUCUGACUGGCCAAACACGACUAACGGAUCACUAUCAACGAGGUGCGCCGAAAUUUAACGUACCGGGAGUGGCACAGCGUGGACGUUCUGCCGCCGAAAAAAGUGCUGCCACUGGUUCUUUACAGUCCAAGGGUCAGUUCGACAAACACGCGGCGCCUCACUGGACCUGCGUCGUGGACUUUUCUGUGCUCGUCUGGAGUCUGACGGAGAUCAAGACGUUAUUGGACCAUCGUCGAUGUCUCAUUAUCGUGCCCCUGGACGUUAUUGACCGACUUGAUCAUGCCAAGAAGGGUCAGGAAAAGGAGAAUCAGAAGGCGAGAGAGGCCAUUCGGUUCCUGGAUGACCGGCUGAAUCUCACUCGCUGGGGCAUGUCAGAACCAUUGCUUGUGGGACAGAACGUCAAGGACAGUCUCGCACGCUGGAGUGAAGCCGUGCCCUUUUUGGUGGAUGAAGUCGAGGCCCCUGCAGGGACAAGCGGUGCCGUCAAGGUAGAGCAGGAUGGUGAUGCGGAUAUGGACGAGACACCAUCUUUGACAGAUCCAAAGAGUGCAGAUACGAGACCUACUGAUUAUCAAACUGACAGCACUAUGGAACACCACGGUCAAGAAUCGAGGAAGCGCGGAAGAGAUCCUGCACAAUCCGAGGAGAAUAUCACAGAAGAAGAAGAAGAGGAGGAGGAGGAGGAGGAGGAGGAGGUCGAAGUUCGGAAUGCCAUGAAUGUGCCCAGAGUCUGGCGCCCUAUCCUGGGAGCAUGCCUCUUUAUGUUACGGAAACGAGACGAGGCCCACCGGAUCCCAGAAGAACGGUUCGUGCUGCUGACAGAGGAUCCGGACCUGGCCUACUACGCUGGAUGGUUCAACAUCCCGUCGAGCGCCAUUCACGCUUGGAAGCACAACGGUCUUUAAUCUUUAUGCACGUCAAUAAUAAAGAAGACCACUAUCUCUCAAUAUUUUACGAGUGUAUACAUGUGAGUUGACCGGGCAACUCGGGUCAACUCAUUCCGACCCAGAAUAAUGUCCACUCAAAUGACGGGAACAAUUACACAAAGCGUGCAGAAAUAAAAUAAAAGG